CUAGACUGUAACUUAGAAGCUGCCCGGCGGGCGGUGGGCCGCGAUACCUUAGUAGUAACUCCGCUCUUCUUUUGUCUAGUUAGUCUCCCAUCGCCCCUCUCCUGAAGCUGCUGGCUUAAAUCUUUUUGCUCAGCUUCCCCAGUGUCGCAUCUGCGAUUUUCUGACCUACAUUCUCCUUCUCCUUCAUCUCCACCUCCUCCUUCAACUUGUCGAGCGAACUCCCCUCGUUGCUGCAAUGCUUCAAGUACCUGUUCGGGAGCACUCUAACGUGGCCUCCACCAAGGCCGUGAUCUUGGUCGGUGGCCCGUCUAGAGGAACUCGUUUUAGACCUCUGUCUCUCGAUGUGCCCAAGCCCCUUUUCGAAGUCGCCGGACACCCUAUAAUCCAUCACUGCUUGAAAGCCCUUGCCAAGAUCCCCGACAUCCGCGAAGUCAUCCUGGUCGGUUACUAUGACGAAACGGUCUUCCGUGAUUUCAUCAAGGACUCCGCAAAGGAGUUCCCUCAAUUCAAGAUUCAAUACUUGCGCGAAUACACAGCUCUGGGGACAGCAGGUGGUCUCUACCACUUUCGCGAUGCUAUUCUUAAGGGAAAGCCCGAGCGCUUCUUCGUCCUGAAUGCCGAUGUGUGCUGUUCAUUCCCGCUCGGCGAGAUGCUCAAACUGUUCGAGGAGAAGGAUGCGGAGGCUGUCAUUCUCGGAACCCGGGUCAACAACGAUGCUGCUACCAACUUUGGUUGCAUUGUGUCGGAUGCGCACACCAAGCGCGUGCUGCACUACGUCGAGAAGCCCGAGUCGCACAUCUCCAACCUCAUCAACUGCGGUGUCUACCUCUUUGCCACUGAAUGCAUCUUCCCUUCAAUCCGUAGUGCCAUCAAGCGUCGCACCACCCGCCCCCGGUUGCUCUCAUACCCUUCGUCCGAGAACCUGGAAUCCUCGUUCGUCGCCGCCGAGGAGGACGCCGAGAAGAGCGAAGUGCUCCGUCUCGAACAAGAUAUCCUGUCCGACCUGGCCGACAGCAACCGCUUCUUCGUCCACGAGACCAAGGACUUCUGGCGUCAAAUCAAGACGGCCGGCUCCGCCGUGCCCGCCAAUGCGCUGUACCUCCAGAAGGCAUUCCAGGCUCAGUCCGAAGAGCUCACUCCCCCCUCCGCCUCCAUCGUGCCCCCCGUAUACAUCCACCCCUCCGCCACCGUCGACCCUACCGCCAAGCUCGGCCCCAACGUUUCCAUCGGCCCGCGUGUUGUCGUGGGCGCUGGCGCUCGUAUCAAGGACUCGAUCGUGUUGGAGGACGCCGAGAUCAAGCACGACGCUUGCGUGCUGCACUCGAUCAUCGGCUGGAGCGGCCGUGUCGGCGCCUGGGCCCGCGUAGAGGGUACGCCCGUGCCCAUGACCAGUCACUCUACCAGCAUCAUCAAGCACGGCGUCAAGGUCCAGAGCAUCACUAUCCUGGGCAAGGAAUGCGCCGUGGGCGAUGAGGUGCGCGUGCAGAACUGUGUCUGCUUGCCCUACAAGGAAUUGAAGCGCGACGUUGCGAACGAAGUCAUUAUGUAAAAGGUCAACCCCGUGCUUGGGAUCUGGAACAUGGACAGAAUCAGAUGCUUGCUAUGAUUAAUUAUUGACAUGCUCUCUUCUUGGUUACUUUAUUGACUGCUUCCUCAUUUUCUCUUAUCUCAAGUUCAGAUCACGCAAUUUUACCUCGUUUCAGCAUGUCUAGAGCCAGUUGUUAUGCUUAGGACGAAUUAGAGGUGUGGGUAUGGAUUAUAAGCCUGCAACACAAACAUACAAUCUAAUAUCUUAAUAUGGUUUGAGCCUGUGAUUUGUGGUGCAUGUCACAUAGACAUU